AUGGAUCCAUCCAUGGAAGUGUUGCCAGUUUCUGAACUUUGCAAUACCCAGCCGAGCCCUAGCGGAAAGGAUCCCAAUCAAUUUUCGCCCUCGGAUGCCGGAUUGCCCUGCCCGUAUCAAGAUGCCAACGACGAUAAACGUAAUUUGGCCGUAGAGCCUUUCCAACCGGUGCUUAAUACACUGGAGCGCCUGGAACGGGAGGACCCGAAACUUGCUUUACAGGCAGCGAGACUGGUGGGGUUGUACCGUCGCGUGUGGGAGUCGUGCGUCUCUAAAGAUGUUGAUACUCAGCGACUUGAAGAGGCCAAUCAAGUGAUGCGCGCCGAAAACAACCAGUUCUGUCGGGAGGGGGACUAUCUUAAACGUCGAGAGGGGGACCAAGUCGCUCGUCUAGUCUCAUUUGAGCGGUCCAUGGACGAGGUGCGGCAAAGUCUGCUUGGCGUGCUUAAAGAUUGGAAUACUUGUUCUACAGGGGUGUUGGCAGGAAAUCCGGAAGAAACAUAG